UCAUAGCAUGAACUUGUUCUUGGAGCUCGAGCUGGGUGCGACGCCAAUAGAUUCUUGAGAAAAGCUGCAGAUACAAAGGGAUUGCAUCCGCUUCAAUGUAAAAAAUUCAAACAGCGAAACAACUGUCAGAUUCUUUGUUGAUUUAGCUCGUAGUGUCCCAGAGCUUUGAAUACUGAGCUCUAGGAAUGAAAGAUGGGAUUCUGCCAGUUUAGUAGGUUCCUGUUCAUUUUCGGAUGUGGAUGUGGAUGCUUUUUACCAGCUCUCACCUGCACAGGGCAAGCGGCAUCUCCAACCUAUCACACGUCACAUCGCGAACAGGCCCCAAAGUUAUGGAUCAGGAGGGCCAAUAAUUCGAUAUGCAAUCUGCAAUGCACAACCAUAUCAAGGAUCCCAGUCCUCCAGCCUCAAUCAUAAAUCAAUUAAGCAGCUGGCCCCAUGUUGAUAUUCGGCUGGCCCGCCCUAAUCUAGCCACCAAACCGGGAUUGGCAGGUCCUCUGCCCCUUGGCGAGAGGGGCAAACCUGGGCAAACCCCACAGUAUCACCAAUGUUUAUCAGCAUUAAGACUUUGCUCCACACUUUCAUGCAAGCUUCCGGACGCCAUAAGGCUUGGCGAAGUCGUUAUCGCCUUGGCUCCUGCUGUGUUGAGUGAGAGAUGCGAGCUUCUGAGAAGUAAUUACCACAUCGCGUCAUGUCGGUCUUGCUUGGUGUAUGCUUAUCCUCCAGGCAGAGGCGCAAUGUUUUGAUUUGUGGAUAGAGGUACCGCCCAGGAGUGUGCGGAAGUGUCCGAAUCUUGUCAGUGCUUGUACCUGUUCGCCUGAGCUCGGCGAUCCAGGUACGAGUGCGGGGUGUAUGGGUACACUGAACUCCUAUCCUCGCUUGGUUGGAGCUUCUUUUCCCUGGGCCCUGUACUUCCGUAUGUAGCUACGGCUCCGCGACAGGAUCUUCUGUUCAACCACUGACAGCUCGCAAUCUUGUAAGCUCUAUAUGAGCCAAGAGGAGGCUGCGAGCUCGUGAUGGUACCUUUGACCUUUCCGUAUGCAUAUCUUAUGCCGCGUCCCGCUGAUGGCUUUGGAUUAGACACCAAGUAGGCAGGUAUUUGGAUGUUGAGCCGGCUGCCAAGCAAAGAAUGCUCGUAAAGUGGCAAUUGACAGGUAUAGGACAUGGCAGCAGGGUUGCAAUCGUGGAUUGAGAUCGACAAAGCAGGCUGGAGGGGAAGACUGGGGAGUAGCUUCAUAUAAGUAUGAAGCUCCCCUUGGAUGUCUUUUUUGCUUCUGCACUUCAUUCCUUUGUACCUGCUUUCAGUCAAGUCAAUUCGCAAUCAUGAAGCUCUCCAUUUAUGCCAGCGUUCUCGCGACCAUAGCUUCUCUUGUCGAAGCCGGUCCAGUAGCUCGUGCUCUCCCUUUGGUCGAGUCGAACAAACUCCGCAGAGUCUUGCUUCGCUCGGAGCUCCUUGCUAAGGGAAGAACUCUUCAGAACUUCGCAUAUGCCACCGCGGAACGCAAUCGCUACAUUGGAACACCAGGACACAAUUCGACUGUCAACUGGCUGUAUGACACCCUGGUAGCAACUGGAUACUACGAUGUGUAUUUCCAGCCAUUCAAUGUUGAGUCCUCUGAAGCGACAGGCACUGCCAAUGGUGCUCCAUUGGCCGUCAUUCCAAUGACUGGCACUCCAGCUGGAAAUCCAUCUGGAGCGCUCGUUAACGUCGCAAACGUUGGCUGUGACGCUGCGGACUACCCAGCAACUCUCGCUGGAAAGAUCGCUUUGAUCAGCCGUGGAACUUGCCCAUUCGCUCAGAAGGCCGAACUCGCGAAGGUAGCUGGUGCCAUUGGAACGAUCAUCUACAACAACGUAGCUGGAAACCUGGAUGGUACACUCGGUGGCCCAGGUAACUUCGUCCCCACUGUUGGCAUUACACAAGAGGCCGGACUUGCACUGGUUUCCUCUGGUGGAACCGCUUUCUUGAAUGUUAUUGUCACAGUCGAGAACACUUACAAUGUUAUUGCCGAGACCAAGGGAGGAGACCACAACAAUGUCAUCAUGGUUGGUGCCCACACCGACUCGGUCCAGGCUGGACCAGGAAUCAACGACAACGGAUCUGGCACAAUCGGUAUCUUCGAAGUGGCCCUCAAGCUUACCGCAUUCUCCGUCAACAACGCUGUCCGCUUCGGAUGGUGGUCUGGAGAGGAGGAGGGUCUCCUUGGAGCCGAACACUACGUCGCUGGCCUCACUGAAGAAGAAGCUGCUAAGAUCCGUCUCUAUCUCAACUUCGACAUGAUCGCCUCACCCAACUUCAUCUACCAGAUCUACGACGGUGACGGAUCAGCCUUCGGCAUCUCCGGUGCUCCAGGAUCCGCCGAGGUUGAGAAGCUCUGGGAAGAUUACUUCAAGAACGAUGUCGAUAUCGCCACUGCCCCUACUGCUUUCGACGGCCGCUCUGAUUACGGUCCAUUCUUGGAUGCUGGUAUUGCUGCUGGUGGUCUCACCUCCGGAGCUGAUGAAGUCAAGACUGCUGCGGACGUUGCCAUCUGGGGCGGAACUGCUGGUGCGAUCUUGGAUCCUAACUACCACACUGCCAAGGACACCUUGGAGAACCUCAAUGUUGGUGUUUGGAUCCAGAUGACUAAGGGUAUUGCGCAUGCUGUUGCUACUUAUGCUCGCAGCUUUGCGUCGCUCCCACCAAAGGGUGCUAAGCGAAGUGUGGAGAAGCGGGAUGUUACUUUCCAGAGAAAGGGUGGAAAGUGGGUGUAUUAGAGAGAUUUGGAUGAAAAGUAAAAGAUGGACAGAUAUCUGUAUUUGAUAAUGUUUAUAUACGAAGACAAUGAAAUAUGAUCGACGUUCCAGAAA